AAUAGAUGGGCAUCGAAAUUUGGCACCGAAACUAGGCACCAAACUGGGUACGCAACGACGUCGACGGGAUCGACUUAAUUUAUAAAGGAGCGAUAACAAUCAGAUUGUCCAGAUGAUGACAUUACUGACGCUGUUGCUAUCGGUGACCAUGGUCAUGGCCGGCUAUUAUGACGGACACCAGGUCCUUCGUGUGUUGCCUAAGCUACAAAGUGAUGUGCAUGCUGUGGUUGCGCUUGGAGAGGAACUCGGGGUUGACUUCUGGCACUAUCCCCACUCAGCUAACGACAGUUUCCAUGUACGAGUAUCGCCACAAGUGUUUGACCCGUUCAUGACUGUAAUGAGGAGCUUAGGUCUGGAAGUCACAGUGAUGAUGGACAAUGUACAAGAGCAUGUUGACCGCGAAAAGGCAAGCAUACGACGCAGGCGCAGUACAGCUUCGGGAUCAAGAAACAUAAAUUUUGAAACGUACCACACCCUGAAUGAGAUCGAAAGUUAUGUGGACGGGCUGGCGUCCACAGGGAAUGUUGAGGUAUCCGUUGAGAAACUCGAACCAGCCACUGUAGAGUUUAGAAACCUUCGCCUCGUCAAAAUUUCGCGAAGUGACAGUACAGCCACAGAGUCCAUCUUCGUAGAUUGUGGAAUCCAUGCCAGAGAAUGGGUAACCCCUGCUUUCUGCCUCUACCUCAUCGAAAAACUGAUGGAAGGCGACAACAAAGUUUUGGAUAUGUACGAUUGGCUGAUCAUUCCUGUCGCUAAUCCGGACGGUUACGCCUACUCGCAUCAAGGAGAAUCACAGCGUAUGUGGAGGAAAAAUAGAAAUAGAAACGGAAACGGAUUAUGUUAUGGAGUGGACCUCAACAGGAACUUCGAGCUUGGGUUCGGAGGUGAAGGUACAAGUGGGCAGAAAUGUUCGGACCUCUAUAGAGGAACGGGAGCGUUCAGUGAAAGGGAAUCCACAGCAAUAAAGUAUGCCACGGAAUCUCGUGGAAACAUCAAAGCAUACCUGAACGUACAUUCUUACAGUCAAUAUUGGAUGACACCAUGGGGAUACACACAUACUCCUCCGCAGGACAUUGACGAAUUGAAAUGUGUAGGAGAAAUUGCAAAACAAGCCAUUUUUGAAAAAUACGGAACAGAGUAUCAAGUUGGUUCACCGGGAGAACUUCUUUACUUAGCUGCCGGUGGCUCGUUUGACUGGGUGAAAGGUCAACUGUUAGUGCCAUAUUCCUACGCACUGGAGCUAAGGGACAAAGGGAGUUACGGGUUUGUGCUGCCAGUAGAACAGAUCCUACCCACUGUCGAGGAGACCUGGGACGGUGUCCAGGCCAUGGCGCAGGCCAUAUUCAAUAAUGAAUGUAAUUAACCAGAUUUAUAAUGAAACUUUCAAUUAAAGAGUUUCA